CCAUGGCCAUGGUGGCCGGCGCUUGGGGCGAACCGAACGGUGGCGGAGCCGGUGGCACCGGAGGCGGCGGCGGCGGAGCGGAGGAGGCGGCGUCCCCCGGUGGCGGCGGCAGCGACGCGGAGCACGGCGAGGAGGAGCGGCCCGGGGCCGGCGCGGACUGCGUGGUGUGCGGGGACAAAUCCAGCGGGAAGCACUACGGGGUGUUCACCUGCGAGGGCUGCAAGAGCUUCUUCAAGCGCAGCAUCCGCAGGAACCUCAGCUACACCUGCAGAUCCAACCGGGACUGCCAGAUCGACCAGCACCACCGGAACCAGUGCCAGUACUGCCGCCUCAAGAAGUGCUUCCGCGUGGGGAUGAGGAAGGAAGCCGUCCAGCGAGGCCGCAUCCCCCCGAGCCACUCCGGGGGCAGCCCCAAUGCCCUCCCCGCGGCCGGCGACUUCUUCAACGGGCAGCCGGUGUCGGAGCUGAUCUCGCAGCUGCUGCGCGCCGAGCCCUACCCGGCGGCGCGCUACGGCGCGCAGUACGCGCAGCAGCCCGGCGGCGCCAUGGCCAUCGACAACAUCUGCGAGCUGGCCGCCCGCCUCCUCUUCAGCACCGUGGAGUGGGCGCGCAACAUCCCCUUCUUCCCCGAGCUGCCCGUCUCCGACCAGGUGGCCCUGCUGCGGCUGAGCUGGAGCGAGCUCUUCGUGCUCAACGCGGCGCAGUCGGCGCUGCCGCUGCACAUGGCGCCGCUGCUGGCGGCCGCCGGCUUCCACGCCUCGCCCAUGUCGGCCGACAGGGUGGUGGCUUUCAUGGAUCAGAUCCGCGUCUUCCAGGAGCAGGUGGAGAAGCUCAACCGGCUGCAGGUGGAUUCGGCCGAGUACAGCUGCCUCAAGGCCAUCGCGCUCUUCACGCCCGACGCCUGCGGGCUGUCGGACCCGGCGCACGUGGAGACGCUGCAGGAGAAGGCGCAGGUGGCGCUGACCGAGUACGAGCGCGCGCAGUUCCCGGCACAGCCGCAGCGCUUCGGGCGGCUGCUGCUGCGGCUGCCCGCGCUGCGCGCCGUGCCCGCCGCCCUCAUCUCGCAGCUCUUCUUCAUGCGCCUGGUGGGCAAGACCCCCAUCGAGACCCUGAUCCGCGACAUGCUGCUGUCCGGCAGCACCUUCAACUGGCCCUACGGCGCCGGGCAGUAGGGACGGGCGCACGGACGGACGGACGGAGAAUGGGAUGGGCCAGAAAAUGCAACGGGCCGGACAACGGGAUGGGAUGGACAACCGGAUGGGCCAGAAAAUAGAACGGGACAGGCAACGGAACGGGCCGGAGAGUGGGAUGGGCCGGACAAUGGGAUGGGCUGGACAACGGGAUAGGAUGAACAACUGGAUGGGCUGGAAAAUGCAACGGGCCGGACAAUGGGAUGGGCCGGACAACAGGAUGGGCUGGACAACUGGAUAGACCAGAAAAUGGAACAGGAUGGGCAAUGGGACGGGCCAGACAACGGGAUGGGCCAGACAAUGGGAUCGACCGGACAAUGGGACGGGCUGGACAUCCGGAUAGGCCAGAAGAUGGAAUGGGACAGGCUGGACAACCAGACAGGCCAGACAAUGGGAUGGACUGGAUAAUGGGAUGGACUGGACAACAGAACGGGAUGGGAUGGGAUGGGAUGGACAGCAGGACAGGCCGGACAAUGGGAUGGGCCAGACAAUGGGGUUGGGCCGGACAAUGGGAUGGACUGGACAAUGGGAUGGACCAGACAAUGGGACAGGAUGGGAUGGAUGGCAGGACAGGCCGGACAAUGGGAUGAGCUGGACAAUGGGAUGGGCCGGACAAUGGGCCAGACCUUCUCCCGGAAUGGGAUCAGGAUUCUCCUCAACGCCAGCAGCUCCCAGUCCCACCCGAACGGGGCUGUGCCCUCGCGGGUUGUGCCUGGAGAGUUGUGGGUUUGGCGCCAAAGGUUUUGGGGUCCUGAUGUUGUCCCAAAAGGUUUUGGGGUCCUGGCGUUGUCCCAAAAGGUUCUGGGGUCCUAGCAUUGUCACUGGAAUUUGUGGAGUCCCGGCAUUGUCCUCAAAACGUUUGGGGUCUUGAGGUUGUCCCCAGAAGAGGUCCCAUUGUUGUCCCCAGAAGUUUUGGGGUCCUGGCGUUGUCACCAAAGGUUUUGGGGUCCUGGCGUUGUCCCCAGAAGAGGUCCCAACGUUGUCCCCAAAAGUUUUGGGGUCCCGGUGGUGUCCCCAGGGUGUCCCCAAAGGUGGAGGGGACACACAGGGGACACAGCCCCCCCAGGACUGUCCCCACCCAGCUGGCACCAGGAUGAGCCAGGACUUCAGGAUUUGGGACUUCAGGAUUUGGGAUUUUGGGGUUCCGGGACCAUUCCCGGCCGAUGGAAUCCUCGCUCCGCCAUAUAAACUCAUUAAUUAACGCCAAUUAAAGAUGUUUCCUACAA